AUGCCCUCCUCCGCCCCCCUUCGCGAAAAGAAACCCAAACCAGAACCCCCAAUCAGCUACGACAUCAACAUCCCCUAUGUGGACCUGGGAUCCAAUCUGGUUCGACCCCUAACCCCAUUCGAAUACAACGACCCAGCCCUGCGCGUCCGCGACAAAUCAAAGCGCAAUCUACUCAAUGAGUCCUCCAAAAUCUCCCACAUCCAACCAAACAUCGGCUCAGUGGUUGAAGGCGUGCAACUCUCCUCCCUGACCUCCGCAGGAAGAGACGAACUUGCCCUCCUCAUUUCCGAGCGCAAGGUCGUCGCCUUCCCAGAGCAAGACCUCAUCGACGCAGGCCCAGACGCUCAGGAGGAAUUCAUGCGCCAUUUCGGUAAACCAAAUUACCAGCCUGUUUCGGGCUCUAUGACCGACCAUCCGGCUUUCCAUAUUAUUCACCGGGAUGGCAACCGUGAGGAGAUUUCUCGUUUCCUCGAGCAGAGAACCACUACCACCCUCUGGCAUCAGGAUGUCAGUUAUGAAAUCCAGCCCCCGGCUAUGUCAUGCUGGCGGCUUUCACCUACUUUUACCAGUUUCUUGGAUUCGUUGAAGGUUACGCAUACUUCGUCCAAAAUGAUUAACCACACGCGCUUGGCUGGCGGUCUUGUUAGGAAGGACCCUGUUGAUACCGUGCAUCCGCUUGUGCGGGUUCAUCCUGUUACCGGGGAGAAAUGUCUGUUUUUGAAUGGGGAGUUUAUUACGAGGAUUCAGGGACUGAAGGACUCUGAGACGAAGUGGUUGUUGGAUUUCCUUAUGAAUCAUUUGGUUACUGGGCAUGAUUUCCAGGCUAGGGUGCGCUGGCAGCCUAGGACUAUUGUUAUGUUUGACAACCGGUCGACUAUUCACUCCGCCAUUGUCGACUACUUGGAUGACGACUAUGGUGCCAAAGCCCGUCAUAUCUUCCGUCUCAUUGCUCUCGCUGAGAAGCCAAUCCCCGUCUACGAGGAUUUCUCUGAAUAG